AUGAGCAACACCUCUCAAACAAACCUCUACUCGGUUACCAACAGCAGUACUUCGACUCUCCGGCCUCGCACUGGUCGUCUCAUAUCAUACAUUGACGAUGAGAAUACCGAGUCGACCGCCAUCACUACUUCAACCUCCUCUACUCCCCCACGUUUCCCCAGUCGAGGCGUGUCUCCCAAUGCAGCCGCGGUGACCAGGUCGAAGUCAACGGACAAACCCAGAAAUGGCCGAACCAAUAAAACCCCCACAAGGUCCUCGUCGAGUUCACAGUCGCCUGCUGCAGGGAAACAAAGUAUAUGGGAACCAUGGGGCUCCCUUCAGGGUUUCGCAUCUACAUUUCUGGGGAACGAAUUCUCCAACUCGUCCAAGGACAAGAACAUGGGCACGUUCAAGACCCCUUUAUGGAUGAAACAGGACAAGAACUACACCUCGAAGAUAUCCGCGCCGCAAUGGGGCCCAUCUAUGGAGACGUCCGCGAGUCCUGCCCGAGACGCUAUCGAAGAGCGGAAAGCCAUGGUCCAAGCAAAGAAAAGGGAAGCCCUUCUCAUGGCGAGUGCUUCAGAAAACCGUGACAGUCUGGGCAGGUUUAAAAGGCGUGAUUCGGACGCAGAUACGGCUAUAGGCGCCCGGACGGACACGACUGACGACGCACUGGUUUAUAUGCACAAAGUUGAGAGAGGCGACACGCUGGCCGGUGUCAUCAUCAAGUACAACUGCCCUCCUGAUCUGUUUCGAAAGGUCAACAGGUUUUGGCCCAACGACAAUAUCCAGACGAGGACGCGUGUGCUGAUCCCUUUAGAAGGCUCUACGGUCAAGGGACGCAAAGUCGAGAGCCCAUAUCUUUCAAGAGAUCUUUUCGGUUCGAAUCUCGAACACCUCUCCAUGCAAGACCAACCGAGACCAAACAGUGCUUUAUCCCCAAACGGCGUCCAUAGCCCUACUCGCCCGACCUCGAGUAUAUCGUCUUCUGCCCUCACUUCCGAGCCCUUGUCCUUCAUCACCUCCUUGUCCGACGCCACCGAACUCAAGCACGACUCUUGGGUAGUGCUACCCAACUUCAAAGAAGCAGUUGAGGUCUUGCGCGUGCCUCGCCGCGCACUGGGCUACUUCCCCCGACCUCGGCGGAAAUCAAACGCUACCCUCACCGCCUCAUCCACGGCCUCGACGCCGAAAACGUCCUUUGACAUGCUUCGACACCCGCCCACGCACGCCGCCCAACAAUCCAUAUCUCUGAACGCCUCGCCUGUCCGACGGCCCGUGUUUCCAGGCUCUCGUCUUGGCUCAUCCGGCCGACAGCGCUCCUCCAGCACUUCAGGAAAUGGGAACAACUUUGCUGAGGCGCUUCGUGGACCUGGCGGCGUAGGCGAUCUACGUGGUUUAAGAACGCAGAUAUCUCGCCCCGGACCAGCCGAUGACCCACUUAACCGCAAGUUCAACCAGUACUUUCCCGACUUCCUGCCUCCGCCCGAGACCAUGCCUCGAACAGGCCUCAGUCGAACGCCGACCUCGAGAGCUACGCCAAGGGCGAGUAUGGAUUCCGUGCGCAGCGUGCGCUCGAACUCGAGCAGCUCAGGCUUGGCCGGGGAAGUAAGCGGUGCCAUUCAAGGAUGGGUGAGGACGAUGGCUGGCGCGCCUGGGAAGAGAGACAGGAGUGCUGCUGUGGACAGGCUGGGCGACCUCAUUGAAUUGGAAACAAAUUCAGAGACCAUGCCUAUGGAUGGUAGUAGAGGCCGCGAUACGGACAGGGACGAAGACCUCACGCCUACAGCCGUAACGGCGACGACGUCGGAUUUUGCAACGGAAGAAGCGCUACUGAAUGAGCGAUUUCCUGUUAGAGGGAGGGUAAGAAAUGCAUAUGCAAGUUCGGCAUCCGGGAAGGACAAACAGUCUUGA